AUGGCCCCUCCCCGACAAGGCCAGUCGUCGGCCAUGUACAAGUAUCUUCAAGAUGAUAGCAACCAAACACCGCUCAAAAAAGUGAAAUGCCAGAGGGCGUGCAAGUUCUGUCGCAAAAGCCACACGACCUGUGAAGACACACGGCCAUGUCAGAGAUGUAUCAAACGUGACAUCGCACAUUUGUGUCUACAGGACGAGGCAGACCAACUCGCGCAGCAGGCUGCCCAGCAGCAGCAACAACAACUUGCGGCGGCAACAGCGGUUGACAAAAGCAACCCGGCCAAGUCGACAAUUCCGGCCAAGAGGAGAGGCUACUCAUUCGAGGCCAAUGAGCGGCCACCACCAGAUCGGCGCACCAGUCUCCCUCAAGGGCCAGGUGGAGGCAACGCGACGCCCCAAUUCCUCGACGGUUCGUCCGCAGGCCCAGCUGGGCCAAGCGGGAGCAGCCAGACAGGUAUGUCGGUGCAGACACCGUCGCCGAACCACCCACCCCCUGGCACGGACAUGGUGUCCAAUGUGUCACUGCCGAGCAUGAUACAAUCGCCUCAGGACUCUUUCCGGUCUGGGCCAAUGUCGGGGUUCGACCAGGAGAUGGCGAGCCCAUUGAGCACGACGGGCCGGAUACCGCAGUGGUAUGAUCCGGCGUUCCAGACCGACCAGGGUGCGCAGCAACAGCCCGCUCCCGUCCCUCAAGCAUCGGUAGCACCCGAGGGCUUCUCGUGGUCAGCGCUUGUCGACGGCCUCAUCAACCCGCUGCAACCCCAGUCACCAUCAGGCGAGUUUGCAUGGCUCAAUGCCAACACGGCCAACACACCAAACGGGCGGGGAUUGCAGCCAAACUCGAGCGCCAUGGGCCCUGGCAUGUCCGCUUCGCCGGCCAACUCGGGACUCAAGAAUGAGUCGCCCAUGAGCCCAGAUGUGCUCAACAGCGAUGGCCCAGUGAUGCCGUACAACUAUACAUUUGGGUACUCGCGCUUAAAGAGCUGGGCCAACUCGAUGGCAGAACCCGUCAAGGUGCGCGUCAAUGCUGCGACUGACAAGUUCAAACCGAUCUUGCACUCGUGCUUGUCGCAGUACAGCGAAGAGCAGAUAAUCAGCGUCGAGGUCCAGUUCCUUGCGUUUGUGCGCAACUGGGCGACCUUUUGCGAUACCAUUCCCGCACCGGCGUGUAUUUGGAGGCGAACAGGCGAGAUUUACGCGGCCAACAGACGCAUGCUCGCACUCAUGGACAUGUCACCUCAGUCGUUCCAUCCGGGCAAGAGUACCCUAUACAACGCCCUGGACCCGAUGUCCUUUAUGGAAUACUGGGAGGACUACGGAGGGCAAGUGUUGCACCACCUUUCGGACCGGUCCAACUUUGACACUGUUGUUCCCGUGGCAAUGGCGAACCGACCUGGGGAGAAGACGCACCUCCUGAUAUCCAACAUGGUGUUUGAUACAAUCGGGCUCCCUCUUGUGGCCACGGCCGUGCUCACCCCACUGCGCCCGCCAACCCGCCCGCCGGCCGAGCCCACCAUUGAUGUGCAGAUGAACUCAUGA